GAUCUCACACUUGAUCUGCACUACCACAACAGUCAACUGAGUGCCACUCAGCUUCUCGACCAAUCACUCAAGGGUCAUGGAACCGACUAGCAUACUGUCGCUACCCGUCGAGCUGCUUUACGAGAUACACAUCCACGCAGCAUCAGAGCAAUUCCCCCUGACAUGUAAACAUUUCUACGCAGUAUGCAAGUCUGCGCCAACCACCGUCCAUGCUCAAUAUCUCAUCGGAGUCUAUGAGUAUCUGUGUCGGAGCCACCGCCAACGCACCGACCUCGUCUCCACGGCCCUCCGAUACCCAAUCUGCAGCCAGGCCGUCCUUGAGGCGAUUACCAAGAGCCCCGACUUCCCUCGUUUGUAUCCAGACCGCCGAGUGCAGAAGACGGAGCUGCCACGGAGACUCUUCCGCAACCUGUCACCGCGUGACACCGCGACGGCGGGCAAGCGAAAGCGCGAGCCCGAACCAACACAGUGGACAGAAGACGAGCAGCCGUUGCCUUUCCUUCGCUACCUCUUCGCCCACCCGCGUAUCCUGACGCCGAGUGCCAACUCUUGGGAUGGUUACGCGCUGACGAAGGCCGUACACGCCGGGUUUACUCCCCUCGUGCAAUUUUUGCUCGAACAUGGUGCCGAUCCUCACACGAAGGCUGCGCUCGCGGUCAUGGUCGCUAUUCGCCGCAAGAAUCUGCUGUUGGUGCGUUUACUCAUUGAGCGCGAUGGACCGCGGCACCCACAAUCCAAGCGACGGAGGACGAGUGAGGGACGGUCGCAUACGUCGACAGGGAGGGAUGGCACGGCGGUAGAUCCAAGACGAGGGAUAGAUACAUCUCUUGGGAACAGCGCGAAGAGACGGAAGUUGGGAGACAGAGUGAAGGUGGACCAGGAGAUGUUGAAGACGGCGGUACAGUCCGAUGCACGGGACAUAGUGGACUACUUCAUUCGGGAGAAAGGCUGCGUACCAGACAUGCAGACGGUAUUGCUGAUGGGCGCGAGUGGAUGAUUACUCGCCAACGAGGGUUUGGGAGCACGACAAUCAACAAGUCCUUCAUUCGUAUUUGUUCUUGACUAUAGGUUGGGAUGCGUGUCGAUUGUAGUUGCAUAGCCGAUUUACGUUGGUAUCGCUCAUGCCGCUUG